AUGAAGAGCCUGUCGCUGGACUCGCCGGAGUGCGGCGAGCUGCGUCGCCGCCCGGCCAGGGAGCAACCCGCGCAGGGCAGCCGUGUCCUCUAUAACAGCAGAGGGAUUUAUUUCCGACACGGCUCUAAUAGAAUAAACAAUCGCACGAUUUAUAAUUAUUCGCAAUCAUCUCCGUCGUCUCCAGUCCACAGCAAGAGGUUGUUAAGUACACGAGGGGGCCGCAUGAGCAGCGUCGAACUGCCCGAUGAACCAGAUAAAAGCCUCUCAUCGAACAGCGCCAGUCCUUGCCCUUCACCAGUCAAACAACCGAGCAAAUAUCAGAGGCUCUUACCCACUAACCUGUAUGUGAUACUGUAUAACUUCAAAUCCCGUCACGCUGAUGAGUUGGACUUGAAAGCCGGUUAUAAGGUUACAGUCAUUGAUACAUCUGACCCUGAUUGGUGGAAAGGGAAGUGCUUAGGCAAGAUCGGGUAUUUCCCUUCUAAAUAUUGUACAAAAUUGCAAGCUGGAGAGAGACCAUUGCAAGUCACUCAUAAUCUUCAAGUAUCUGAUGGUGACAACGGCCUAAUGUUACUGCGCGAUCAAAUUGUGAUUCAGAUACCGAACUUUAACGUAAUAAAGAGACGUGGAUCAUGCUCAGAACAGAUUAGCGCUUGUAAUGAACCAAAGUCUAUUCGAAGUGCCCCCGUAACACCUUGCGAUAGUGAAUCAUCCACGUGGUCAAGAGAAAUCUACGAUAGUUACAGAACCGAAAAUAUUUACAAUGAGCCUGAAGAAGGCAUGUGGUGGUGGCACAGGCCGUUGGAUGUAAGGCGCUCUCAUUGCCGUAAGUGCGGAGCAUCGUCUGCAACACGGCCUUUGAAAAUGUUGCCUUGCGCUGGUGUGGCCCCAGAAGACUAUGUUCCGGAAGAUCGUCGCCUAUUAAUGUCACGCGAUCGACCCUUGCUUUUAGUAAAAGAGCUGUUUCCGUAA